CGUUCGAGAAUUGUUUGCCAAAAGGUAAAUAAACAUGUCCAGCGGCACAAAAUCAAAUGAUGUGGAAUCAAAUCCGGCGCCGGAUCCUCAAGCACCCAUAACGCGGAAGGGAUUCCUCAUAUCGCUUAAGAACAGCGGCACCCCCAUGCCCAUACCGGAACAAAAUGUGUAUGGACGCUGUCGUCCCGUGUCCGAGUUUGAGAAGCUAAACCGCGUGGGCGAGGGCAGCUAUGGAAUUGUCUAUCGGGCACGCGACACACGCAAUGGAGAAAUCGUUGCUCUGAAGAGGGUUCGCAUGGAUCAGGAAAAGGAUGGUCUGCCGGUCAGCGGGCUGCGUGAAAUAAUGAUACUAAAGCGCUGCCAGCACGAGAACAUUGUCCGGCUGCGGGAAGUUGUUGUGGGGAAGAGCCUGGACAGCAUAUUCCUUGUGAUGGACUUUUGUGAGCAGGAUCUGGCUUCGGUGCUGGACAACAUGUCGAAGCCGUUUACCGAAUCCGAGGUGAAGUGCAUCACGCUGCAGGUGCUGCGUGCCCUAAAAUAUAUGCAUGCCCGCUAUAUAAUACACCGAGAUCUCAAAGUCUCCAAUCUGCUGAUGACGGACAAGGGCUGCAUCAAAGUAGCUGAUUUUGGCCUGGCGCGUUUGUAUGGGAAGCCGGCCAAGCCGAUGACGCCACAAAUGGUGACGCUGUGGUAUCGUGCACCGGAACUCUUACUCGGCGCCAGGACGCACACGACGGCCGUGGAUAUGUGGGCCUUUGGCUGCAUUCUCGGCGAGCUGUUGACGGGCAAACCGCUGCUGCCGGGCAAUUCUGAGAUUGCGCAGCUCGACAUGAUUAUCGAUCUGUUUGGCGCCCCCUCAGAAUCCAUUUGGCCCGGCUACCUCGAAUUGCCCGCCCUGCAGAACUUUACGCUCAGCCAGCAGCCCUACAAUAAUCUCAAGACCAAAUUCCAAAUGCUCGGCCAAGCUGGCAGAAGUCUGCUCAAUCUCUUGUUCCUCUACAAUCCCAGCACACGUGCCACGGCUGCCGAAUGCUUGAACAACAAAUAUUUCACAGAGCCGCCGCAACCUUGUGAUCCGCGCAUGAUGCCCACGUUUCCGCAACAUCGCAACAAUGUUGCUCCCCCUCCAGCGCAGCAACCAACUGAAAUACCCAUUUCUCAUUUGCUGGAUGUGUUUAUUAAAAGACAGCGUUUAGAAUAAAUUUGUUAUAUAUGACCAAUCGA